AUGGCACGUCUGUAUUACGAGUGCACCGCGGAACUAAGAAACAACACCGCAAACAAUGAACCGAUAAAACCUUAUGCGUGCACGCCGGACAAAUAUUGCCUGUACUGUUGUUGCGACUCUCAGUGUUGCCUACUGAUACAAAGACGGCCGCCACGACAUUUUUGGGAAGCCUGGUACUUCUGGCUAGGCGUUGCGUUACUCGCUGUAUUUAUCGUAUCUUCGGUGAGCAGCUACAUUGUCAGUAAUUGCAGACAUAAUAUUCAAGGUGUACCACUAACACACAACGCGCACGCAAACAGACGAAACGACCGCGGCAGCCGGCCGGGUAGCAACCAGAACGAGAUAUCGAUAAGUAUAAUCCCGACAUCGGAGUUUUUCCCGUCGCACAGAAAAAUGUUCGUAAUCGCCUCUCAGCCGGCCGUCAAUCACUUAACGCCUGUCGUCGCGUGA